CAAGAUGUCCUCACUGCGCAUGCGUGACUGCGCAGUGUCCAUAAUAUAACAAUAGGCUUACCGUACAAACUGCAGUUGAAACUCUAUCCCGACGCUUUACGCCGGCAAUAACUACGGACCCGAGGAAGAUGGCAGAAAAUGACAAGAUUAAACACGAGGAAAUGUAUAUCGGGGAGAUCAAAGGUGGGCUCAGACCGUCGAUGAGGCUGGUUGUCAUGGGUAUUGUCAAGCAGCAACCAAAGAGCUUGGUGGUGGCUGUUGUCUGCCACCCGGAGGACGACGCCGACAGCGACGUGGGCCUGCAGGUGACGGUCAGCUUCCAGGACCGAGCCGUCCUGCGUAACGCCCGUCUGGGAGGAAAGUGGGGUCCUUCGGAGAACGCCCUCUCCUACUUCCCCUUCGCUGCCGGGGAGCCCUUUAAGAUGGAGAUCGUAUGCGAGCACCAGCAGUUUCGCAUCUUGGUCGACGGUCAGCCUCUAUGCGGCUUCUCCCACCGGGUGACCCAGCUGUCGUCUCUCACCGCCCUGCACAUCUACGGGGACCUGCAGCUCACCAAGGUGGCCUGAGGAGCAGGGGAGGGGUGAUGGGGGAGAACGAGGGAGAAAGGACUCCCGUAGCAUAACACUAGCAAUGAAAGAGAGACAUUAACCGAUCCAACAGAAAGAAAUUCACGACGGCCCUCGUCUACGACAUCACUUCCUGAGAGUCACUUCCUGUUUAUGCACUUUGGUUGCUGAGGGCUAACGCAGCUCACUAUCCCACAAAAUGUGCCUUCCUUAGUGGAGCUGUUACCCCAAAGCCCAAGAAGUAUAAACUGCCCUUGCUGACUGUCACGUGGAGUGGAAGAUCCCCGGAUAAAUUGCUCAUCGAUUGACCAUAGUCGUGAUACAGUGAAUUUUGUCUCGCACCUCUUUCUUGCAUUAACAUGAGAACCAAGUUAAGGAUGUGAAGUAAACAAGUUUGCCAUAUCCUGUUGUGUGUGUGUGAGAUAACAGAUACUCAGUACAUGCAGGUGGAUCAGAGCACUUCCAUCAGAAAGGGAAAAAAAAAACAACAACAACAAAAAAAUACUUGUCCAUAAAUCACUGUAUGGAUGUCCAGCAAUAUGGCCAUUUUAAUAUAGCUCCCAUUCAGCAAAAACUAGUACUGUAUGUUACUCAGUUACUCUUUUUAAUUUAGGAUGUUUUUUGUAAAAUGAUGCUUUUAAUUCGAUGAGAGAUCCUCUCAAAAAAUGCUGAUACUUUUUCAGCAAUAUGUGCUGUCAGAACAAGUCCUUAAUUCGGUAAACUUUUUAGACCAUUGGCUUCAAAUAAUCUAUUGGAAGAAUAGGGCACUUUCCUGCCUUUUAAUUCUUACUGUUUAUGAAACUUUAAAAGUCACAAAUUUGAAUUUUUAAAUGCACAGUACAUGCUAUGCUACAUGAUAAACCUUGAAAUGAUAAAAAACGAAAUCUGGAAAUGAACUGUUAAAAGCUUAGUAAAUUUCCCGAUGAAUGUAUUGUUUGUGCAUAAGCACUCUAUUGUUUUGUAUGUGCUAUGUUACUAUAAAUAUAGAUAGAAUGUGAUUAGUGUGAAUAGGCUAGUGAUCAGAAUUUGAUAAGAAUAUAACUAGAAUGUCAUAACAUUCUAGAUUGGAGAUUCAAAUGUCAUUAGAAUGUGGUUACAAUUUUGUUAUGAUUAUACUAGAAUGGCAAUUGGAAUGUGUAUCAAAUGUAAUUAGAAUGCAGUGUUAGACGAACAAUUGGAACAAUGCUGCUACAAUAUAAUGUGGUCAUUGUGACAUCAUUAAAAUGUUACUAGUUGGUCAGGUGGUUUAGGCACCUUAUUGUGAUGUCACAAUCAACCAGAAGUAUAGACAAUGAAAAAGUGCAAGGCAUAAUAUUAAUAACAGACAGUGAUAAUAAUAAUAAUAAUCAUAAUAAUAAUAAUGAUAAUCAGAAAUUAAGAAAUGGAGUUGCCUUUGCGCCUUGCCCCGCUGAUAAAUGUACCAAUGCACCAUGUGUUAAAAAUGCCCAUCCACUUUCAUUAUUAAACUGUUGAUGCCACGAUAUAUGCUCAGUAAGUAUGCCCAAGGCAAUUUACUGUGUUUAAUACCGAUUUUGAAGCAUUAAAUCCACUGCAAAUAUUAAAUGUUUGGCUGAUUGUGGUGCUUGAAUUGGUUGUGCCUGCCCUGUAGUGUGUUCAGAUAACGUCCUCUUCCUUGCCAGAGAUGACUACCCCAGGUGACAGGAUCAGUACAUUCAUUUCUGCUUGUGGCAGAAUCCUCUUUUUAUGCCCUAUUCCAACUUGUGCUUUCUUGUCAGCGCCUGGCAUAAAAAUGAGUCUGUGUUGUAAAGAUGUAAUAAAUAUGUUGGGAUCUUUUUCCAUAA